GCAUAUGACAAUGAACUUUUUGACCAUGCAUUGUCGUGUUUGACGGCUAUCGCGUCGGCUCUGUCGCCGGACUAUGCCAUGAAGUGGUCGGCGGAGGACGACGUUCUUAUAGGCAAGAGCGACGAGGGCGAUCACGGUUGGGUGCCAAACCCCGUCGACGUGUCAAAAAUCAACCUCAAUCCGGAAAUGCAGUUGAUGGUAGAUCGAUUCGCGCAGCAUUUCCACGAUUUAUGGGCCAGCAGCAAGUUUUCCAAGAACUGGAAAUACGGUGAAACCUACAGUCGUGUCACCCUCACGCAUCCUCGUCUGCGAGUCUUCAAUUCCUUGAAAGAAUUUGAGAAAAAGUUUUACCGAGACAGAUGCGCUGAAUGUAUCAAAACUCUGUUAGCUUGGGGUUAUCACUUUGAGCUGACGAACGCAGAGGAGCAGCGCGAUUUACCAUCUCCUAAACGUUCGACGUCUUCUUCGUCUGUGAAGGCCGUUUACAAUCCGCAACCGCUCGAACUGUCGAACAUCACAUUGUCUAAAGAGAUGACGACUCUCGCAGAAGCCAUUGCCGAAGACGCGCAUCUUAUCUGGGCGGCUGGGGCAAUCGAGAAUUUGUCCUCACAGAGUAAGUGCAGUUGA